GACCCCUAUGGGACGAACUCCUCCUGCAUCUUGAGAGCCUCGACCCGCAGCACAGGCCACAGGUUGUCAUGCUGCAAGAGAGCGAUUGGGGUGACCAAUGCGCACAGACGUUCAACUCGGGCCGUUGGAAGGUAAUUACGUCACCGGCCACUGACAACCAGUCGGCAGGAGUGGUUACUCUCCUCGAUCGGAGCCUCUGCAACACCGGCCAGGUACUUCACACUGACCCGGUCCCAGGCCGCCUGCUACACGUCCGCCUCCAAAGGCCGGACUGGACACUCGACACCUAUAAUGUCUACCAAAGACAAAUCGGCCAGGGAAGGGACACCGCUGAUGAAGUCCGGGCCCUGCGCAACCGAGUGUGGCAAGCCCUUGAGGCUGUGCUUGCGAGGGCGCCACAGAGACACACGGUACUGGCGGCAGGUGUGCUUCGCAAGACACGAAGCCCCCUGCCGACCAAAACUCCUUUCUUCGAGCCCUUGAGGAGAGAAUGGAAUCAAUGGGAACUCAUCCGCUGCCUCCGUGACCCGCACUCACCGCAACUACAGGCCUUCCGGCAAGCGGUCGCUGCCGGCCUGUCAGAGGCCGUGGAUGCCCCAGCCAUGAAUGCCCUGUUGUGCCGCUGUGCCUCUCGAGUCUUCCCCCCACAGGUCCGCCCGCAGAGGCUGACAGCGUGGCAAACCCAGCCCAUGCAGGUUGGGAUCAAGGGCAUGUGGCAAGCGUACGCACAAUGGAAGCGCGAAGCCCGAAGAGAGCGAGGAGCCAUCCUACGGGUGUGGCGAAGCUACGCGACGUUCAGACAGGCGCAGCGGGACUUCAGGAAGGCGGGUAAGCAGGCUCGAAAACAAUGGUACGGAAACCGGCUGCAGGACCUACAGCAGGCGGCUGCAAGGAAGGACAUGCGGGCACUCUUCGCAGGCAUGCGCACCAUGGCGCCUAAGAAGAAGAAGAGCGAAGUUCAACUUAAGAGCCAAGAUGGGUACCUGCAAUCGGCGGAGGCGCAAAUUCGACAGCUCCGUGUGCACUACCAACAGGUCUACAAGCGUGAUCCUCAGAAGUCUCCACCCACGGCCAGGGCCCAGCUCUGCAUUGAGGUUACCGAGGCCGAAGUUCAGCAGGCCUUGUCUAGUCUGUUAGCUCAUAAAGCCACGCCAUCCCAUUUAGCAUCGACAGCGAUGUGGAAGGGCUGCUCGGACCUCUUGGCCCCCUCUCUAACCCACUGGGCUAAAAGCCUCAAAGCAGUGCCCGGCUUGUGGAAGGAUGCCUGGUUGGUCUUGAUACCGAAGAAGCUGCGGAUUGUCUCUCCACGAGACCUACGACCCAUCGGGUUGACUGAGGCCAGCGGCCGGGCCCUCUCCCACAUACUACAGCAGCGCUUGCGGCCGUACGUGGAGAGGUAUCUGCAACAAGUUCCACAAUAUGCCUACCUGAGGGACAAGCACACUGGAGUUGCGAUAGCUCGGGCCCAACAUCACAAUCUGCUGGUUCAGCAAGCCUGCGAAUGCAAAUCAAGGACGGUGAUGGACGCUUAUGAGAACAAGCCGCGGCAGCAAAGGGCAUUUGCUGGAUGCCAACUCUCGCUGGACCUCACAAGCGCAUUCGAUGUUGCGGAUUGGGGGCUGAUCCAAGCUGCAUUGGAGGACGCCGACAUUCCCCAUGACCUCCGUGCGUGGGCCUUAUCCUGGUAUGAUGGCAUAACUUAUCACAUCCAACAUCUGGGCCAACAGGCGAAAGCAGAGGCGUCCAGAGGUUUGCGCCAAGGAUGCAAAUUAGCGCCAUUGAUAUGGGCCCUCCUCACUGCUUUUAUGCACAAACAACUUGCAUCGUCUUUGGAUGCCCAAUGGUUGGCGCAAGGUACCACCACCUUCGCGGACGAUUUUCUGCUACAGGAUACAGCAGAGAAUUACCAAGCCCUAGAAAGAGCGAGUUCCAGAUUUGCCACCAUCCUCGAUUCAUUAGCAGAUCACGGAAUGUGUAUCAAUGCUAAAAAGUCGGCUUUUCUCAUUCGCUACAGAGGACACUUCGCGAGGAAGUGGAUGAGGCAGCAUACAGUCCGUACCCCAGAGGGCGACCACCUCCGCAUCCGCACCCAGCGGUCCAGACUAUUUGAGUUCCCCAUCAAAGAUCAGCACACCUAUCUUGGGGUGAUACUCAGCUACCACUCUGCGUCCAAGCAAACGGUUGCCCAUCGCAUCAGGGAGGCCAACGGAACUUGGCAGCGACUAAGGCCCAUCCUGUGCUCCCGCAGCUAUCUGCCCGAGCAGGAUCGGGUUCGGCUGUGGAGUGCGACGGUCCUCCCAACUCUGGUGUACGGGGUCUCGGCUUCCUCCCCAGGUACCAAGGAAGUCCAGCAAAUGCAGUAUGUUGCUACUCGCCACCUACGUGCCAUUGCUCGUUCCUUUGCGCACAUCAGCAAAGAAUCCACGCUCAACCUGCUCGCCCGACUGAGGGUAGCUCCUAUACACAAGAGGCUCCUUCAAGAAGCCACGGCCCUCUCACAGACCCUUCUGCGCCUGGAACAGGCACAACACCCCAUGUUACCGGCAGUUCGAGAUCGAGUACGAGAGACGGCAGCGGCCCUACAAGCGGCUCAGAUCAGCACCGACACGGCGGAUCUAGGUGCCAUGCUAUGCGUGAGAGCCCGGACCAAGGGAAAGCCAAGGCCUCAAUAUCCUCAGCUGCGGAGGCCUACCUGCGCCACUGCUGUCCACUCUGCAAACAGUGGCAUGCCGUACUGUGGCCAAAGCGCGGUGAACAAAGAUAGACAUUGGUAUCAGAUACCCAUGGAUCUAGACCUGGAGGAGUCGCAGUUCUUCAACCGGUUCUCCCAGAAGCGGAGCCCCGACCCGAAGGAGGAGGACGACAGACAGAAGAGCCAGCGCCUGGAGGGAACAGAAAACCACCGAGGAAAGGGCAAGGGCAAAAGCCAGGGCAAGACAGGGUCAAAGGGCAAGGGAAAGGGCAAGGGCAAAAGCAAGCACAACCCGACGAGCUCCUGGACAAACAGCCAAAGCUGGGGGGACUACACAGGUGGUUCCGAGCCACCCCCGGCACCAUGGAACAACGACCAGUCGAAUUCAUGGGGAGGCGACAAGACUCAGGAGCACCUCCACAAGCUCACGCAAGUGGUGCUCCGUCAGGAACGAACGAUUGCAUCUCUUCGCCAGGACCUGGUCAUGCACCUCUUCGUGAAGGGAGGCGAGACGGGGGGAGGAAUCAUACCGGUCCUCUUUCGGACGGCGGAAGUCUGGAGAGAGAUGAAGGAGCAGGAGCCGCACAAGCUCACGUACUCCCUCAAGAUUGCAAUGUUCAAAAAGCUUCUCCUGACGUUGCACGAGAGGCUGGAGGCAACGGCGGCGAACCAGGAGGCCGUACAGGAGGCCAAAAAGCUUGGGUGGCUGGACGAACAUGGCCAUUGGAAAGUGCUCCGAUGGAGUCACGACACUCAGAAGCUGGAGGUGGUGGAGGCAGCGCCUUCCAAAUCCACGUCGGACCUCCUGCAGCAACUGGUGGAUAUCAGGAAGAACGUCACGGAGGACAAUCUACACCACUUCAAGAGUGUUCGGAAACUGGUGCCCCAGCCCACAGCUCAGUGGAUACAAUUUCAGAUCGAAGUGUCGCUACGGCCAUCAGGAACCCCGAUCUGGACGAUCCUGCAAGAUUGGGUGGGGCAAGCAGCCUGGCACACCAUUGGGUGCCGAUUGCGAAAGGACCGGCCCCAUUACGACAACACGAUCGAGGAGCUCUACCAGCUGAAUCGGUGGUGA